GCUGUUAUUUAGAGAUGUGUUUUUCUGCUGUUUUUGUGUUUUUGGGGAUUCUUUUCUGCGCUCUGUGCCGCUGCUUGGAGUGUCCUUUUGGCUGUGAGUGUUUCGCUGUGAUCCGCACGGUAAAAUGUGUUUCUAAAGAUCUGCUCACAGCACCAGAAAAUAUUCCAGGAUAUGCCAGGACCGUCAUUAUCACAGGGAAUAAUAUACACCAAAUUGGACCCAGUUCGUUUACGGAGCUGGAGAACGUCACUAACAUCAUUUUAACCAAUAACAGGUUAACAGAGAUGGCGUCCCACACCUUCUCCUCCCUGGUCAACCUGCGCUUCCUGGACCUCAGUGGAAACCAGCUGGCACUCAUCCAUCCAGAGGCUCUCAGCAUACCUGGUAGUCCCCUUCAGGAGCUCAACCUGAGCCAGUCACUCUACAACUUUACUGCCCUUACAGACCUGACCACAGCUCUGCGCUGGGGGGGCCUCGCGGGGCUCCUCCGCCUCGACCUCUCGGGGAACAAGCUUGCGCUGCUUCCCCCGGGCAUGUUCUCUCACCUUCCCAAUCUGCAGCAGCUUUUCCUCACCAACAACUCUUUGGUGGCAGUCUACAGUGGGACCUUCUCUGGCAUGAAUUACCUGGAAAUGCUUGACCUGACGCACAACACCUUCAGCACAUUCGGAACCGAUGCUCUGGUGGAGUUGGACAAGCUUGGGGACAUCAGAAUCCUGCUUGGUAACAACCCCUACACCUGCUCCUGCGAGAUCAAUGAGUUUGUCGCGUGGCUGAAUAAAUCGAGAGCUAAGGUUGAUGUGGAUGCUGUGAGAUGUGCCUCACCUGGCGCAUUAACUGACGCCCGCCUAAGAGGGCUCAGCAUCCAGGAUAUCGGGUGUGUUGUUCCAGUCCUGGCAGAGGUCGCUGAUCUCACCCUGCAGACCUCUUAUGUCUUCCUGGGACUGGUUCUGGGGCUUGUUGGCAUGGUUUUUCUCUUUGUGCUCUACCUGAAUCGCAAAGGUAUGAAGAAGUGGAUCAAUGAAAUGAGAGACGCUUGUCGGGAUGUCCUGGAGGGCUAUCACUACCGAUACGAGAUUGACUCGGACCCUCGGCUGGGGCACAUUUCUGCAGACAGCAGAAGGGCGCAAAGGCAGUUAGGAAUAUCUCUGCCCCAGCAGCUGCCCAGUGACACCUCUGUUGCCCCCACAAAAACACAAGUCAAACAGCUGACAACCUCCCCACCUCUAAACUUAUGAUAAACUAACUGAUGAUUUGACAUAUUAUGGUGUAGCUGUAAAUAGUUUUAGGAGGAAAUUUGCAAUUUUGUCUCGAGCAUUCUGUACAUAUCGGAGUUACAUCCUAGAAACCUAAAAAAAAAGUGCCUUUGUGUUGUAGAUACUCUAGAUUCUUGUAUUUGUAAGUUAGUAAGUGUAUGUUUUUCUUCUAGAUUUUUAUAAGGACCUUACACAUAGGCUACUUUGGAAAUGGAUGUUAGCUUUUUCAGUGUGCUUUCUUUACUUUUAUAUUAGCUGAAAUAUCUUUCCAGUAAGCAGAAGAUAAAGAAAAACAUAAAUAACAUAAAUUAUAGAUGACCAGUGAAUGGUAGGGUAGGUCUAUUCUACUGUGUUCUUCAGUAAAAAAAAGCAAAACCUUUAAAUUUACUCAGCCCUAUAUCUGUAUAGGAGCGGUAAUAAUGCGAUUUGUAUUUGAAUGAAUAUGUCUUGGUAUGAUAUAAAAACCUGUGUUUACAUUAAUUAGAAAUAAAAAGAAAUGAU